CGCUAGAGGAGAGGAGGAGAAGAAUAUACGAGAGGUAAACCAGAAAAAUAGGAGGAGAACAGGAGAGGGUGGUGACAUCUGAGGUAAGAUCCUCUGCUGAAUGUGAGAAGCACCUCUUCCUGCAGAGAUACAGAACAUAUUUCUUCAGUGCUUCUAUGGUGAUAUACUCAGCUGGUGCUGAUUGGCCAAAACCUUGAUGAUGCGCUGAUUCUACACCAUGGCCCAGGAGGCUCUGUGGAAAUACCCACAAUCCUCAGCUCCCUGGUGAUUGCCUGCUCAUUGAAUAUUUACAUUGGCACCUUCUCUGGCUCAACAAGAAAACCUGUACAAGCCAUGAUGUCAGUCUGCGUCCCCUCACCACGUAACCCCUCCCCCUCUGUGGACGUAGCGAAUCGCAACGGGCCCUCUGCAACUCCUCCCACUUCCCUCAGCCUGCGUUCCUCACACAAUCAACUGCUAAGUGGUGAUGUCAUCAAACAGGGCCAGGCCACACCUCCGAAGUGCCGGAAGAAGUACGCACUCACAAGCAUUCAGAGUGCGAUGGGACUCGGCGAAGGCGUGACGCCACCGUCGUCAUCUUCAGCAACUACUGCCAACCCUAAACUGGCCAAAAAUGGUGCAAAUCAGUUACGUAAAGCUGCGGAGCGAGAGGAUCACAACAAGAACACGACAGAAGAAGACGAAGAUGGAAACACAACUGGCGAAUCAGAGCUCAACAUCAACGAUGAGUUGACGAACGUUGAGGAACUAAGCCUCGACAGUGAGUCUAUUGUUGACGACGUUCACAGUGACUUUGACACCAACAACGAGCUUGUUGACGGGGAUGUAAAUGAGUUGGUUGAUGAUGAAUCUAAUGAGGAGGAUCAUGUGGAGUAUUGUGACGACCUGCUCAUUCUGUCUGAGAAAACUGAGAUUGUUUCAGACAGGAAGUCCCCCGAGCUCCUUAAGACCAAGAGUUUCCUGGAGUCAUGUCUGCAUGACCUGUCAUACGAACUGCCUGAUGUGCAUGAUGAGAAUGUCACUAAGCCUUUGCAGGAGAAAGAGAAGAAUCCCUGCCCCUCGUCUCCACAGAAACCGCACAGUCCUGAGGACACGCCCCUCCUGUCUGUCGGCUCUUCAUCUUCCUCUUCGUCACCGGAGACAAAAAAAGACCGACCACGGACGGGAGCCAAGACUGACCGGGCACUAAACCGCAUCCAGAACCUUCCACACAGUGACGAGGAGUCCAGCUGGACCACGUUGUCGCAGGACAGCGCAUCACUGGGCUCGCCAGAAGAGAGCGAUAUCUGGGGGGAGCAGUCAUUUCAGACAGACCCUGAUUUGCCUCCAGGAUGGAAGAUGAUGACAGACAUGGCUGGUAUUUAUUACUGGCACAUUCCAACAGGCACCACACAGUGGGAGAGACCCGCCCCAUGCCAUCCGGUGCCAACUGGACCCAGCCAGGCCAGCCGCAAACACUCUCUGGGCUCCCUUUCGCCUUCGCCCACUCCAGAUCACGAGUCGAUGUCUCAUGCCGACGUGUUUUUCGGGGCGUCAAGUCGUUCAGGCAGCACCACUUCCGACAGCUCGUCUGACCCCGCUCCUGUCCCGUCUUCUUCAUGUGUGGAACCUACCCCUAUCCUGUCCCCAAACUCUUCCUCAUCCUCUGACGGCAAUGUUCCUUCCUGUGGAUUUGUCAACAGCUGCUACUUUCCUCGGUCCUCAUCCCUACAGAUAAUGCCAGGAAAGGACAGACACUCUGAGACACGCCAUCGGGAAGAGGACAAGAAACAGCCAUGGAGUGAUUUUGCAGUGGGAAAGAUUGACAGUGAGGUCUGGAAGGAUCUACAGGCGGCCACAAUAAACCCUGACCCCAGUCUGAAAGAGUUUGAAGGCGCAACUCUCCGCUAUGCCUCCCUCAAGCUACGAAACCCUGCUCCUGUGGAAGAUGAAGAUUCCAGCAGCAUUAACAGUGACCCUGAAGCCAAGUGCUUUGCUGUGCGCUCUCUCGGCUGGGUAGAGAUGGCAGAAGAGGACUUGGCUCCAGGUAAAAGCAGUGUCGCUGUUAACAACUGCAUCCGUCAACUGUCCUACUGCAAGAAUGACAUACGAGACACUGUGGGCAUCUGGGGAGAGGGGAAGGAUAUGUACCUCAUUCUGGAGAAUAACAUGCUGAAUCUGGUUGACCCGAUGGAUCGGUGCGUUCUACACUCACAGCCAAUCGCAAGCAUCCGUGUGUGGGGCGUCGGCCGCGAUAAUGGAAGAGAGAGGGAUUUUGCAUAUGUAGCGCGAGAUAAGGACACCAGGAUAUUAAAAUGUCAUGUGUUCCGCUGUGACACCCCUGCCAAAGCCAUCGCCACCAGUCUGCACGAAAUCUGCUCCAGGAUCAUGGCAGAGCGCAAAAAUGCCAAAGCUAUGGCUGGAGGAUCCCUACAGGACAGAACACAUGCUGGGCUCGACGUCCCACUACAAGCAGAGUUCCCCACACCAAAGACUGAACUGGUGCAGAAAUUCCAGGUGUUAUACGUUGGCAUGAUGCCGGUUGCCAGACCUAUAGGUCAGGGUGGCUCUGACCUUCAUUCUCGUCUUAAGACUCCAGGCAUGGACAUUCUCAACGGUGCAAUAGACAGUUUGAUAACAUCGUCAAUCCGAGACGACUGGAUCCCAGUGAUGUUGAAUGUAGCCGACGCAACAGUCACGGUCAUCAAAGAGAAGGAGGAAGAGGAGGUCCUUGUGGAGUGUCGUGUCCGUUUCCUGUCCUUCAUGGGAGUAGGAAAAGAUGUGCAUUCAUUUGCGUUCGUCAUGGACUCUGGGAACCAGCACUUUGAGUGUCAUGUUUUUUGGUGUGAUCCCAAUGCUGGCAGUGUGUCAGAGGCUGUUCAGGCAGCGUGCAUGUUGAGGUAUCAGAAGUGUCUGGUGGCACGCCCUCCAUCUCAGAAAGCCUGUUCACAGGCGCCCCCUGCUGACUCAGUCACACGCCGCGUCUCCACCAGCGUCAAACGUGGAGUUCUGUCCCUCAUCGACACGCUCAAACAGAAGAGACCCGUCACUGAGCUCCCCCAGUGAUCUGACACACAAGCACGCAUACUCACCGUCACACUCUGCAUGCUUAUAACUAUCAGAAUGUCCUGUACAUAACCUGUCCAGUCACAUGAUGGAGUUGAAGAGGAACUCGAGGAGGAAAACUGUCUGAAAGAAAAAGUACACGUAAUUAUACAAAUCUGAUGCCAAGAAAAAAAGUCACGCAAACACACACACACCUGAUCAAACCUCUCUCUUCCGUCACACAAUAUAUGUCAGUCAGUCAUGUGUAUAUCUGCAUGGGAAGACGCGCUUCUCCAGCAUGACAAUAACCAUUGAUAAACACCACUCCACCUGGACAAAGCCUCCUGGAAGAGAUAACUUAAACUGAAGAAAGUUUGAAUAAUUCAGAAAGAACAAAUCUGACACACAGUGUGUAGAAGAGCUUGAUGCUGCUUCAUUUGCUAAAGCAUGUUCGCAAGUGUCAUAAAAACAAGCGGGUUUUCUUUGUUAUACCGACGAACACAAAAGAAGAAGAAUGGAUGGAUGAGAGGAAGUAAUGUCAUAAAACUCAGAAGAUUGUGAAGGCUUGUAGUCUGUUCCAUUCAAAGUCGGAUGUUGAAUAUUCCUACUUGACAUCUUCUGACCAAGGUGCUCCAAUGUUCAAAAGAUUGUGUAAAUCGUCAGUGAUAUUUUUUAUAAUUUUGCAGGCAAAAAUGUGUAGCGAUGUAUGAAGCGCAGUCCACACAAAAGUCACUUUCAAACCAAGCAGCUUUCUGUUGGUGAAUGCAACAAAUUUGCCUGAUGCGAGUGGAGAAAUACCCGUCACGGAUUCCUGAAACGGCUUGAUUUCAACCUCAAAAAAUCGGCCAAACAGUGAAUGUGACCUUAAGACAACAAAACAACAACGCUAACUUAGCAUCGCUUUUGUUCAACGUCAACAAUGCGGAAGUUCCUUUGCACAUUUCCAAGUAGGAAGUUGUCAAAACACAUCAAAGCUUUCACCAAAUUAAUAUUUUUUUUCUUCGAGAAGCUCUGCUGAAACGCUUGUCUUCACCGGAAGUCGAUGAGGAGGCUUGUAAAAGAUGCGGACAUAAAAAUGAACAACCUUGAUAAAUCAAACAUCCCCAUAGACUUGCCCCGCAUUAACACAGUCGGAAGGGCAUGACCUCUUCAUUUCAGUGUGUAGAUGUAAAGUAUGAAUGUGCUUUUUAUAUUUCCAAAGUGAAAUUGCCUUUUUUUUUUCUUUUGAAAGAGAGAAUGUUGCAGAAGAGAACUGAAUUACUCAUGGAGCGAAAUACAGGAGGCGGGAAGAACUUUGCUUAGAGCCAAACGGUUCAAUUGUGUCACUUCUGCUUUGAACCCCAGCGUAGUGCUUACUUCCUCAAGAGGCUUUCCAGUGACUGAAAGUCAAAAAUAUCUGCAGCACAUCCAAGUUAGUGAAAAACUAAAGAGCUAUUUCAGUUCUAGCCUCCGUUCCUCACGUUCGGAUGUCAUUAGUGGCUCUAUAUGUCUACAACAUUUUUUGACCCGCACGCUUUACCCAUGUGGUCUUGCUGUGCUCUGGUGUGCCACCUGUAUUCCUAGACUUACCCUUUCUUUCACAAGGGUUUUGAAGAAUCACUUAUGUGUGUACAUACAGUAUCUAUAUAUAGCAAACAUCAUAUCAUAAGCUUUAUUUUUCAAACUUCAGAUACUUUUAUUUUGUCAUGUUUUCGGUUUUAUUUUUGGUCGUUGCCUUGGCAUGUCUUGUGAUCCCAUUUGUUUUGGCCAUACUGUAAAAAAAAAAAAAAAAAAACCUCAUGUAUGUGUUGUAGAUAAACCAACUGACAAAACAAAGAAAAGAAGAAGAGUGAAAAUGAUGGUAGAAAUUGUGAAUAUGGAUUUAUUUUAUGGUCAUUUUUAGGAGAGCUAGCUCUAGGGGAGGAGAUGUGAACUGUAAGUGUCUAUCUAUGCAUUCUUUUAGCUCUGAGGAGGAUUUGAGAGAGAGAGAGAGA